UUGCGGCAGAUUCAUCAAUGGCGGAUAAGCCGUGCAUUUCACGGUGAAUUCAACGCUUUCUGGUUUAAUUUUUUCGUUUAGAACACUGAUGAGUCCUCCCAAUACCGCAAGGAUAGGCUAAGAAUGGACCUCAUUUCGAGCCUUGGUAGUUGCCUCUGUUUCAAUGCCAACGUCUUGAUUGCAGCAUAGCGAGCAUUUGGACGGUGAGGAAAAGGGCUUAAUGAUGGAGGCAGAGUGGGAGGUGUACUUUUGUGACACUGGAGAGGUCGUGUUCUAUCAUAAUACCACUACAGGGGAAUACAGGUGGCCACCACAGGAUACCAGCUUGCAUGAUGUUAAGCACUCACCCGAGGAAGAAGCCACCAAACAGCUUGUUGGAGUUAUUGACAUGGAGACUGGUGAAUGUAUGCCUCUGGAAGAGGCAACUGAAGAUUCUUAUGGUAGCGAUACUGAAGAUCCCGCUAUGGCUGAGCAACUAGAAGUCACUAAGCCCAAGUGUAGCUUCGUCAACAUGCCAAGAACAGGAGACUCUGGUUGUGGGAGAGACGGAAAUGACCGCAUCUUGGACCCCAGGAUUGUUGUAAAAAGAGAGUAUGGCAAACGUCCCUAUCGAUGUUGUUAUUGUGAUUAUGGUUUUCAAUACCCAAACCGAUGUCUGAGACAUUUGACAGUUUGCGAGCCGAAACAUGUGCAGAAAAAUAAAAAGGCAAAUAAUGCUGAAAGCAAGACGAAGAAAAACUCUAAAAAUGCACCAGACGAUUUCUUUGGUGGUCCCAGGUCGCCACCGGCUAAUGAAAAACAAAGAUUGGACAAAGACCCCAGGAUCAUCGUUGACAAGCAGUUAGGAAAGUUCCCCUACGUUUGUUCAUAUUGCGGAAGAGGCUUUCAAUAUCCAAGUCGCAGUAUCGAACAUGUGAUGCCUUGCGAGCUUAGGCACAAGAAAAAUGCUGAGUCAAAACUGAAACGCAAGGCAGAAUCACCAGAAAUAAAAAGUGUGUCUCUCGUCCAAGGGAAGCGACGUAGAAAAAACACUUAUGAAUUCGAAUGCUUGAUUUGCGGGAAGAAUUUCACGAACGAUUGCUAUCUACGGCGUCACAAAGCGCAAUAUGAGAAUAAGACACGUGAGGAACACGAAGCCGCGCGUGUUAAGUACCAGUGUCAGGCCUGCGAUGAAAGAUUCCAUCGCCUUGUAUACCUAAAUUUUCAUCGGCGUCAUACACACUCUUUGCCGCAAUUAGAUGCUACUGUAGCUGACGGCAAAGGAAGCCCUCACUUGAUAACAGUGUUGAAAAAGGGUAAGACGACGUCAGCUGCUGAACUCAAGCAAAAAGAAACAGAUGGAUUAUCUAAACGUGUUCAAUAUACUAAGGUUCCCAAGGGCAGUGAACAAAAUUGUUCAGAAAAAGUGUCUAAAACUGUUCGUCUUAACAAUACGUUGGUAGAAAAAAGGAUAGAAAACACGAAACAUGACAAGAAUGCUUCCGUUAAGAACCUCAGUCACAAGCAAGGAUCCUUUGGUUCUAAGAACCUCAGUCACAAGCAAGGAUCCUUUGGUUCUAAGAACCUCAGUCACAAGCACGGAUCCUUUGGUUCUCCGAAAAAACAAAACCCUUCCAAGUGUUUCACGUGUAAAUUAUGUGGCAUAAGCUUCUUACAAAUCCGGAGACUUCAAAGGCAUGCAUGUUCUGUACAUAAUGCUUUGAAGUUAGAAGACCCGCUAACGAAUUCUGAAGGAUAUAUUGAUUGUGGCGUCUGUGGGGUAAGCCUUUCUUGCCGAAGUGAAUUCAGGCGUCACCAUCUUCAGCAUUUGUCUAAGGCGGAACUUUCAGACCUUGCGGACAAAAUCCUCGCAAUCAGUCCUGGAUACUUUCCUUUCUUGUGUAGAUAUUGCGAUUUUUCAUUCGAGAGUUCUAAGGCUCUAAAGAAGCAUCAUCACGAAAAGCACAGAAAUAACAGCAAGAUUGAUUCAUCAAAUUUGAACUAUUCUGGUUCUGAUGAGGGCCAUUCUACAGGUCUUAAGGCAUCUACUGUCAGUCUUAACUAUUCCAAAGAUGAUUCCACUGUUGAUUUUGUCGUCAAGAAGCUACCGAAACGUCCCGGUUACCACUGCAACAUUUGUGGAGCAGGAUUUUCUAAGUCCCUUACGUUAAAAAAACAUCAACGCAAAACUCACCGGAGAAAGAACAAAAUUCUGUCGUCGGCCAAGAACAGCUCCUCUAAAUUAAUGGAGACAUUUCCCAAAUCUAAAACCACCAACCCGCAAAGUAUAUCUGUCUAUUGUUGUAGCAUUUGUGGGGCAAGCUUUGGCAAGUCUAAGGCGUUGUCUAGACACCAUCGCCGAAUCCAUCGGGGAAAGAACAUAAUCAAGUCCGGGUCUACCGAAAACGAAGGGCCAUUCAUGUGUAAAACGUGCCAAAAUAGCUUCGAGAUUAAGGAAGAAUUCGUAGCUCAUAUCAAUAAACAACACGAGGGUAUAGUGGCUACGUUGAAGGACCAACCUCUUUUUUUCGACGGUCAUGGUGGUUGGGUAGCAUUCGAAAUGCGGGACUUUCCAAACCAGACGUUAUGUAUCUGCUGUGGGCAAAUGUUUGUAGAGCACAGUAUUCUAAUAAGUCACUGCAAAUCGAAGCAUGGAGAUAAGUUUUAUAUCCCUGGCAGCAUGUGUAAGGAAGAUUCAGUCCCCUCGAAUUCAGCACAAAACGGUUUUUCGUUGCCUGAUUGUGACUCCCCAGCUCCUUAUAAAGAGGUAUUCCCCAAGUUUGAGCCUACCGAUUGUGAUUUUGAAAAGGUGAAAAAAAUUCCUGCUUAUUAUUGCAGCAUUUGUGGGGCAACCUUCACAAAGUCACUAACCUUGACAAGACAUCAACGCAAAACUCAUCGUAAAAAGAACAAAGUUACGAGAGAGAAACUUCUUUCAGCGGCCAAUAAGGACAACCUUACCGAAAAUGAGCAGACAUUUCCUAAGCCUGAGUCUAUCGAGUGCGAGGGGGCAUUCGCAUGUAAAAAGUGCCAAAUAAGCUUUGAGAAAAAGGAAGAGUUCAUAGCCCAUAUCAGGCAACAACACGGAGGUAAAGUGCAUAAAUUAAAGGACCAACCCAUUCCCCCCGAAGUUCUUUGCCAGUGGGUAGCUUUUGAAACGCAUGACUUUCCAAACCAGAGGUCAUGUAUUCGUUGCGGAAAAGUCUUCCGAGAGCACAGAAUUCUUAGAUAUCACUGCAAUGUUAAGCAUCGAGGCAUUUUUUUUAUCCCAGAUAGCGUGUGCAAAGAUGAUUCUGCCUUCCCCAGAUCUCAGAAGGCAAUGAAAUGCCAUUUUACCAACAAACACAAAGAAUGGUAUUUUCAGAAGGAAUCAGCAGAAAUAGAAAUGGACAGCAAAGAGGCGUCAACUGUAGAUGAACAAAAGCCCUUCAAAUGCGAUCUCUGCAAAAAUAAAUUCAAUACAUUGUUAGGUCUCAAAUUCCAUCACUCCUUACGGCACGGAAAACACUCACCGGAAGAAUUUAACGGCGAUGCGGCCUCGACUACAGGUAACCAGAAACUCUUCAAAUGCGAUAUCUGCGAAAAAGAAUUCAAAACGCACGUAGGUCUUAACUUUCAUCGCUCUAUACGGCACGGAAUAAACACACGGAAAGAAUCUGACGGCAAAGUGGCGUCGACUGCAAGUAAGCAUAAACUCUUCAAAUGUGUUCUCUGUAAAAGGGAGUACAACACACACCGAGGGCUUGCGUGCCACCGCGCGAUAAAACACCGGAAAGCCACAGUAAAGAAGUCUACCAUGGCGUGAUGCUACAAUCUCUAAAAAUAACCAUUCAACAAGAUUCAAGUGAACACAGAGUAGUGCCUCGAAAGACAGCGCGAAGAGUGUUUUCCAAUGCCGAACAUGCAGUAAGAAGUACCGCAUCCACCUUGGUAUC